AUCAGUUUAAAUGAGUAACAUUGAAGAGACGCUUAUUAUUAAAUCAGAAGCAGAAGAUGGAAGUUUGAAAGGGAGAGUUUGGAUGGAAUCGAAGAAGAUAUGGAGAAUUGCAUUUCCAGCUAUAUUAGCAAGAAUGGCUUUGUUCGGAGUUAUCCUGGUGACUCAAGCAUUUGUUGGACAUAUGGGAGCGUUAGAGCUAUCGGCUUUUGCAGUUGUUCAAACAAUUCUCGUUAGAUUUGUCAGUGGGGUAACACUUGGCAUGUCAAGUGCUACAGAAACAUUAUGUGGUCAAGCAUUUGGAGCUGGACAAUACCACAUGAUGGGCAUCUAUUUGCAACGUUCAUGGAUUGUUAGUACUUCUGCUGCAACAAUUUUCGUCCCUGUAUUCAUCUUUGCAACUCAAAUCUUCAAACUACUCGGCGAGGAAGACGACAUAGCAACAGAAGCAGGAAUAAUAUCACUUUGGUUCAUUCCUGUUCUCUACUCCACAGUCUUUAGCUCCACCAUGCAAAUGUUCUUACAGGCUCAACUCAAGAACUUUGUUAUAAUAUGGCUCACUGUUGCUACAUUUGCCAUUCACGUGCUUUUGUCUUGGAUUUUAGUUUACUUGUUGAACUAUGGUAUUCCGGGUGCAAUGGUCGCGAUGAACAUUUCGUUUUGGUUGUUGGUAUUUGGGGAGUUCGUGUAUAUAUUGAGAGGUUGGUGUCCUGAUGCAUGGAGAGGAUUCAGUAAAGCUGCAUUCUCUAAUAUUUUACCCGUGAUCAAGCUCUCAAUAUCUUCUGGUGUGAUGAUUUGCUUGGAGUUAUGGUACAACUCAGUUCUGGUCUUACUGGCGGGUUAUAUGAAGAGUGCAGAGACUGCAAUAGCUACAUUCUCAAUCUGCCUUAACAUUGCAACAUGGGAAUUGAUGAUAGGCCUCGGCUUCCUAGUUGCAGCAAGCGUGCGGAUAUCCAAUGAACUGGGGAGAGGAAACACUAAAGCUGCAAAAUUUUCCAUCAAAGUCAUUCUAAGUACUGGGACGUUUAUUGGAGUAAUAUUUUCAGUGGUAUGUUUAUUUUGGAGUCAUCCAAUAGCAUACGUGUUUACUAGCAGUGAGGAAGUCGCAAAAUCUGUGUCAAGCCUCUCUAUCCCUCUUGCCUUUUCAGUCUUGCUCAACAGUAUCCAACCAAUCCUCUCAGGAGUUGCCAUUGGUGCCGGUUUGCAAAGUGUGGUUGCAUAUGUAAAUAUCGGUUGCUAUUAUAUGGUUGGGGUGCCAAUUGGAGCUUUGCUUGGAUAUGUUGCCCAUCUUGAAGUGAAGGGCAUAUGGAUUGGAAUGAUAUGUGGAGUGGCAAUACAAGCACUUUCUCUUCUUUUUAUGACAUGGAGAACAGAUUGGGAGAAGCAGGUCACAAGCGCAUCUGAACGUCUCAAUAGAUGGCUCUUAAACGCCCCUGAUCAAGAAUCAAAUCAAAGCCUUAUUCAGAAUUCAGAAUAGAAAAAAGGAAAAAAGAAAUGCUGCACGACCUCUUUAAUUACGGGUUAAAUAAUACUCACUGCUUUAACUUUAGUUAUCACUGACAUAUAAUUAUUUGGAUUGUAGGAAGAUCCAAUUGAUUUCUAAUUA